AUGUCCAACGAAAAUAAUGUCACUGGAGUCAGAGUCGAACCAAAGUACUUGCAAGACCCUUCCACUCUCGAAUCCUUGACUUCCGCUAUUCAAGGUCUAUCGACGUACGUGACUCCUUAUCUCCCAUCACAUCUGUCUCUCCGAAAGGUUGCCGGCAGCCAAACGGAUACUUACUCUCAGUUUAAUGGAGGAUAUUAUGGCAAUCACGGAGGAAACGGGAGGAUUGGGAAUGGAUUUAAUUAUGUACACGAUGCUAGUUUGCGGGGUCAUCACAAUGCUAUUAGUAGUAGUAUGGAUGGCACUACGAAUGGUAAUCCUAAAGCCUCGUAUCCUGACGAUGACAUUGAUCAGAACGCGGAGAAUAUGAUGCAGUUGCAAACGCACGGGCAAACUGAGUCAAGAAAAGAUAUGAUCUUGUACAGCGGAUUCGACGAGAUUGGAGAAGGUGUUGGAAGUCAAUCGGUCUUAUGUCUAGGAUACACGGAUGGUUUUCAGAUUUGGGAUAUUACUUCAUUGGAUAAUGUUCAGGAAAUGGUGUCUAUUAAACAUGAUAGAGAGAUAGGAAAUGUGUAUUAUAUCAAGAUAAUCCCAACUCCACGUGAAACAUCAAGAGAAGAUCCAUACAAAAAGUAUCGACCAUUAGCUGCCCUAGUCUGUGCACCACAAGAAGACAAUGCAUCAGACAUCUACACAAAUAACUCUCGCUCAAAAGCUGUUGUGAAGCUAUUUUCGUUAAGUUCAUGUGAACUUAUUACGCGAUGGCAUUUUGAUCAUGAGGGAACGAUUGUGGGAAUCAAGUGUAAUGAUCGGGUCGUUGUUUUUUCCACGGCAUUUCCUCCUCGACUUUACGUUCGCUCGACUCUUAACCUGGCUCCGCUCCAUUCAUCGCCCCUGACGGAUGUAGCGGUGCACCCGACCACUAGGGUUCCUGUCUUUACUCUUAGUUCACGACUGUUGGCAUACGCAACGACUACAGCCCCGAAUCGGGUGAAAAACGAACGAAGUGGAGUUAUGGCAUUUUUGGCCAGCGGGUUGGGUAGUGGCAAUACACAAGCGGACGGGGCUGCGUACGGAGACGAGAGCAUGCUUGGAGAUGGGGAAGGCGCAUACUAUGAGAAUGGAGGGGCGUGGGAUAAAGGUUAUGGAGAUGUUGCUAAAGGUGUUGCCAAAGAAGUUGUUAACGGAGUCAGAAUUUUGGGCGACUACGGCUACCAAGCCCUAUCCUCAUACUUUCUCUCUCCACCUCAUGUAACCUCAACUCUACCCUACCAUUCUUCAACUCAACCUAUCAAUAUAAACGGCUCUGUCGAUGCAAACAACAUCGCGACGGGCGGAAUAGCUCGGUCAAAUCCUUCUCCACAGUUGUCUCCAUCAAACAAUUUAUUUCGAGUUGGAAGUUCGGAAAGUAAUACAAACGGAGAUGUUGGUGAGAAUGGCUUUCAUGGAAAUAGUAAUGAUGAAAACAUUGGGGCUGUUGGUGCGAUAAUUAUCCGCGAUUUAAUACCGAUCUCUUACACCACUGUUCCUGGCGCCCCUAAACCCGUCUCAACCGUUCACGCUCACCGCAAAAAUGCAUCGCUGACUCUUCCCGUACUCGCUCACUUCCAACCGCACACCAAUCCCAUAUCCCAACUUUCCUUCAGCCCGUCGGGAACCCUUCUUUUCACAACCUCGAUGUCGGGUCAGACUUUUCAUGUGUUUGAAAUUCUCGGUAGACGACGACCCGGAAACCGCAAACCCGUCAGACAUUUGUACAAACUUUCACGGGGUUAUACGAAUGCUAGCGUUGGUGAAAACGGAGUGGCGUGGAGUGGGGACAGUAGGUGGUGCGGUGUAGCUACGGGAAGAGGAACAGUACAUGUGUUUGGCAUCAAUCCGUUUGGUGGGCCAAUGGAUGUUAGAGCACAUUUGAGAGGUCGAGUUAGCAACAUUGAUGAAUGGCACGACACAACGUCGCAAUCUCCAAUAAUCCGAAUAAAGCCCAGAACGCCUCUUCCUCAAGAUCCGGCCGACUCGUCGACACAGCCAUUUCCUUUUGCGAAUGAGCUGUACACACUAGGAUCAGUUGAUUCUACACCUUCAUCUACUAUUGUGUACGGAAGAGAGCAAUCGUACAGCAAUCAUUCGAAUUUAUGGAUGCAACAUCAGAAUGCUGCUGCAUUACCGUUCAUGAAAAGAUCGCUAUCAAUGUGUUUAAAGUUUUUGAAUUCCAACGCGCGAGAUGUGCAUGCAAGUACUGUCGGAGCUAUUAAUAAGAAAAGCUCCAAAACUCCGACGCCAGCUAAUGGGGUUUCAUUUCCUCAACACAACCAUAAACCUAAUGCACAAACUAGAGGACGAACAAGUCGGUGGAGUCAAGCUCCUCAACCGUUGAUACAGCCUCCGUCAUUAUCUUCUCCGUCGUCAUUGACCAUUCCUUCAUAUCUUUCCACAGAUUCGUCUUCAUCCUCAACGAAUGCAGCUUCUCUCACUAAUGUCAAUCAUCAACAACUUUUGACGUUCCACCCAUCGGGAAUAUUAACACUCCAUCGUAUUCGGAUGGAAGGCAUUGCACGCCGCGAUCAGGUUUCUAAAGAUGAUGCAUCUAACCCAACGGCAGCAGCAGUUGCUAAUGUGGGCCGAGCUUUAGUCGGUGGAGCCGCUGGUGUCGUUGCAAUGGGAACUGGUAGCAGUACUUAUAAAGAUGGCAGAAAGGACGCUAAAGGGGAGGAAAUAGAAUUGUUUGUUAAAUACGAUGAUGUAGCAGAAUGGAAAGUUUUCAGGGGUUCUGAUUGGAAAGAGGUUAGGAAUGGAUAUGAAAUCCCUUCCAAUACCAAGAGCAACGGGAUAAAUAUAGCUAACAGCGAAGCUCUCAGCAGAAAAUGGCUUUCCCAGGCUGAGAUCUCUACGCAUACUACAUCGCGUAUGUCUUUGCCUCCACCACUAUUCCUCACACCUCAGUUCACUCUACAAACCUUUAAGGGUGCAGAGUCGAUUGAGGCUAUUAAAGAAGGGAGAGUUCCUGAAGCAGAAAAAGUAGAGGUUAGAAAAGACGUCGAAGGCACGACGGCAGUUGUACUUGAACCAGACAGAGUUUUAGGGAGUGACGAGAUUUCUGCAAACAUCAUGAAUGCAAUAAAUACACGACUUGAUUUCGAGCCAGUACAUCCGUCCACACCACUCUCCUUUGAAGAUGCCCAUCACGUACAUCGCGCCCAGGAAUCUACAGAAAUUUUCAGUUCAACAACGAAAAGGUCGUCGACUUCGCCAAUGAGAUCUAACGGAUUGGUGGAACCAUCGGUCAAAGUUGUCGAGCAACCCUCCAGCCAACCCUCCAGCCAACCCUCCAACCAACCCUCCAACCAACCCUCCAACCAACCCUCCAGCCAACCCUCCAGCCAACCCUCCAGCCAACCCUCCAGCCAACUUUCCAACCAACCCUCCAACCAGAGUUCUAACCAUUUGUCUGAAUCUGUUUCUAGCGAUUCAUCUUCAGUAACUCUUCUAGCCCAAGUGCCAGAUUUCAAUCUCGCUGGCGAUCAUUUCGCAAAUGUCCCUCAUACCGAGUCUUCGUUGCCUGUUGAAUCGUCGGCUCUUCCGGAUGAUUCUGAACUUGAUUACUUAGGCGAGGAAGGGAAUUUCUUCUUCUCACCUGAUGGAGAUAAUGAAAUUGCGCUGCCUGGUGAGAGCUGA